AAUCAACAUCACAUAAGAAAAGAGAAAGAAAAAAAAAACAGAACCUUAAGAAAUAGGGAAUUGAGAAGAAGCUGUUGUUCGUGUACCACUAGCCACUAAGGAUGGGUUCUGUCUCUAUGAAUUCAUUGAAUUGUCUUCCAGAUGAACUUCUUGCCAAAAUCUUGUCCUUCCUUCCAAUAAAACAAGCUGCUUCAACCUCUCUCAUCGCCAAGAGGUGGAGGACUUUGUUUGCUGUCAGGCAUAAUCUGGACUUUGACGACUCCGAAAUUUUAGACCCGAAAGUAGAUGAAGAGGAUAUGUACAACGUUUAUGAGAGUUUCUGGUCUUUUGUGGAUAGAACGUUGGCUUUGCAAGGCAGUGUACAUAUCAAUAAAUUCUCACUUAAAUGUGGAUAUGAACCUCAAGAGGAGGAUCAUGUUGAUGGUUGGAUAAAUAAUGCCCUGGAACGCGGUGUCUCUGAGCUGCAUCUACACUUAACAGAUGAGAUGCGGUUUCGUUUGCCAUCAAAUCUGUUCAUCAGCAAUACACUGGUGAAGCUAACAUUGGGAGAAGAACUUAGCAUCCAUUAUCUUCCUCCUAAUACUUUUCUUCCAUUACUAAAGAUUCUCUUCCUUCGUUCAGUUAGGUUUGGUAAUCAAAAGUUCUGUGAUGUGCUUCUUGCGGGUUGCCCUGCACUUGAGGACUUAACCAUAAACGGCGAGGAUUUUUCAGGAAUACCUGAAGCCAUUUCCAGCAAAACAAUUAAGAGACUCUCUCUCAUUUCUAAAUCCGUUGACUAUGAUGAUUUGUCCAGCUUCAUGUCACUAGACACACCAAAUCUUGUCAACCUCUUCUACAGGGAUUUUCCUCGGCGUAGGUAUCUAAUUCGUUGUAAUUUGGAUUCACUUGUGAAAGCUGUACUGGAUCUUCAUGUCUUAGAACUUGUAGACAAUGAUGAGCCAUUUGAAUCAAAUGUGAUGGAUCUCAUGAAUGGCGUACGCAACGUCGAGAUACUUCAGUUGACACAUUCUGCUACUAAGAUAAUUUGGGAAUAUUGCAAAGGUGGACUACCUGUGUUCAAGAACCUUCUUCAUUUGGAGUUUUUAGGUUACGAAGAAAGAGUUUGGAAAGAGCUACUACCACUUAUGCUAGAGCAUUCUCCAAACCUAGAACGUUUGUUCCUCUCGGGUCUGUGCCAUUGCAAGUCAGAUGGGAUUCGCAUUCCACAGACUAACAAAGUAAGCUUCUUGUGUAUCACGUUCUAUCUAGGAACUGAACAUGAGCUGAAACACAUCAGCCAUUUUUUGCUUAAAAUGGAGUGCCUUCAAGUGGUGCAAGUCUACUUUGCAAAGACAUUGGUUGAUGACUCCAAAAAGAUGAAACUCACAGAGGACUUGUUGAAGCUUCCCAAAGCUUCUUCCAAUCUCAGGAUGCAUGUUAUUUGAUCAUCAUUAUAUAUUUGUUCUUCUAUUUCUUCAGAACUCAGAUUUAUGUUAUAAUGACUUAUGAUUUUAUUUCUUCAGUAUCUUUCUUGUAAAGAAUAUUGUUCUUUUGAUUUUUUUUUUUAUGCUAAGUGUGUUUUUGA